AUGGCUAACAAAAAUUUCAAUAAUAAAACUUUUCCUUUACUAAAUCAAAUUGAUCAAGGCACCUUUUCGAAUGAUCUAGACUGGAAUAAGAAUGCUUUUCAAACUCUGCUGACAUCAAACUUACCAGCCAAGACCGUUUUCCAUUACGCAAUUAAUGUAGGCCUACAGCGACUCGAAAACAGUCUCUACGAAACCUAUUGGGAUGUAACAGCUGAUGCACUGAAUGACCUAUCUCAAUAUCUCUUUGGAAAUGAUGAAUUGGACGAUUAUUCUUACGAAGCUAAAUGUCAGUUAUUAAUGUACUCAGCAAUUGCAAUCAUCAAAAUGAAUACUAUUAGACGAAAAUCGAUCCACGAUGCUAAGCUAGCGUGCGCAACAAUGUGUUUACUAUUAUUACAACAAAAUCGGACUUAUGAAAAUCCAACGACAACAAAUGAAUAUAGCGCUUGUCUUCGAUCGAUGCGUAAUCGCUAUUUGAAACGUAUCUUCAUCAUUGUUCAAUGGUUACCAACAUUAUCAAAAGCACAAUUGAAGGAUUUACAAACUAAUCACGAACGUUAUAUUGCCUUAAUUCUCGAACAAUUGUAUCCUGCAGUGUCUUUACGAGAUAAAAUCAAUCAUUUUAUUGAUAAUCAUUUAUUCACAAGUAAUGCAAACGAUGACGAUGCUACUUCAAGUGGAUUUGUGUUCAUUCGACGCUUUCCUGAAUAUAACGAUAAACUGAUCGAGAAAUACACUGAUCUAAUGAACAUGGGACUUACAAGUGCUUUAAAUCAAUUCAAUAAUGAUAGUACACGCAAACUAAUCUGUUGUAUCUGGACGUUGUCUUGUAUGAUUGAAUCCGACCGAAUCUCACUCGGAGUUAUCAACGCUAAUACAUUACGUGAACAUUUUUCAUUGGUACCUAUUGAUUUCGAACGAAAACCAAUUACAGUCGAUUCCCUGAAUGAACGUGAUGUGACGGUUUUUCUUCUUCUCUGUGCACAACAAAAUAUCCAUGUACAUGAUGCCGAAUCCAUACUUCAUCCAUAUUUACUCUUCUCAGCAUCUCAUUUAUGUACCCAACAACAAAAGAAUUGGUGGCAAACAGCAAUUGAACAGACACCAUGGAAUGAAUUUAAUGAUCAUCUAGCAACGAUUCGUCUUGAUAAUGAUCAAGUUCAACAACAUCCACCGAAAAUUAUUCUCUUAGAAACUGCACGGAUACUAUUCAAAUCGGCAAAAAGUCUCUAUGAACACCAUGCAAAACGUGCAGCAGAAUCGUAUGAACAAUACGCUUUACAUUAUCUCCAAGUCGCUAAACAAGAUAAAAACACUCAAGGGCCAUCAUCAGAUUUACAAACUAAAGGAAACAAACCGGAUAAAUUAUUCUUCUUCUAUUCGCAAAAAACUUUAAAUCACGAUCUGAAAUAUCGAGAACAAUUGAUUGAACAAUGCGAAAAAUUUACUCAACAAUGUGAUGAAUUAAAAUUAUUACCGGAAUCGGAACCUAAACCAAUGCCUCAACCGGAACCACCAAGAACAUCUAGUCCAACGAAAGAACAACAAAAAGAUAUCAAUAUUUCAGCGGUUCUGAGCCCAGUCAUAGUAGAAAAAGAAGAACGAAAACCUUCCGAGGCUCUUGAUUCAACUUUAUUUGCCACUCCACCAUCAAUUAAAAGUCGUGAUGUUGACGUACAAACAUUUAUACGAUCUCCAACUCCACCUCCACCACCUGUUGUUGUCAUGCCACCGAUCGAAGAAAAGCCAGAAACGACCGAACCACCAUUACCACCAUAUGUGGAUCUAAUAUUUUCCCAUAUGAAUGGAGUUAAUCAAUGGAUCAAUCAAUUCUGUAUGGACAAUGAACUGAUUCAAAGUGAUAUUCAUACUAUUCGAGAUCGAUUGGAAAAGAUCAAUCGAAUAACAACAGUAGCAGCAGCAGCAAAAGAAGAAGAAGACAUCGACGAACAGAACCAAAUGAUGCUUAGUUAUCAACAUACAAAUAUGGAAACAAAAUCACCCGGCGAUGAAACAUUGCUAUCCUCAUCGAUGGUCUCAGAGAACAACGAAGAGAAGGAAAACAUUCCUUUAUGUAAUUAUUGUCGCAAAUCGUUUGCUAAUUACUCAAAUUUACGACAUCAUAUUCAAAUUGUUCAUCUAAAAGAAAGUAAAUGGGAUUGCAGUAAAUGUGGAAAGAUUUGCUCGUCGAAAUCCAAUUUGAAAGUGCACUUUCGUACGCACAUUCGUGUUAAACCUUAUACAUGUAAAUAUUGUGAAUAUGAUUGUAUGCAUCAUUCGUCAAUCAAAGAUCAUCUAACCAAAAAUCAUCCUGAUAAACCCCAUACCAGCAUCGAACCAGGGUAUAAUUACAAUUCUCAAGCUGUUCCUGAGCCCGAUGAAUUCAAUGCCGUUGAUUUCGAUCCAGCAAAAUUUGUGGAACAACAAACUCAAUGUAAACAACGGCAAUCGCUAAUUGUUGAAAAUAACGGAACAUUAAAAUAUACACAAACAAUGACAACAACGACCAAGAACACAGCACAUCCAAAUUCGAACAUAAACAUUACCAAACCAAAACGUUUUCGUAGUGACACAAAUCUUCUUCCAGCUUCAAUCUCACCACCAACAUUUCCAUUUCUUUCUCCGACACCUGCUGCUCUCUGGCCAUUCAAUCUUUAUCACCCAGCGUAUAUUCCAGCCAUGAUGAAUGCAAUACGUUUAUCAUCAAUGACCAAUUCUUCGAAUGCGCCGAUUCAUGAAGAGAAACAGUUGAAUAAGCCUUCUUCACGAAAAUCAUUCGAAAUCGAAGGUAUUCUAAAUCUAUCCUUACGCGAUAACAAGCGUAAAAAUCUCUCCGAUACGAUUUCCACCGAUGAGGAAGACUCAAUUUGA